AUGAUCGACCGGGAUGCCUCUAAUCGGACGGUGGAGAUUACUUAUCUCGGAUUCAUCGACUCUUCCACCAUUGAUGAUAGGGUUGUUGUAAUGCUGAUGAUGAAGAGGAUUAAGGUUUCUUCUAUCAGGACAAUGGAAGAUUCUUGCUGUUGGAUUCAAACUAGGGUGGUUAUUAUGAUGAGAUAA